UACAACUCCGACACUGGAGAAUAUUUUUCUAGCGCAGCAUGAGAGCUUUCAAUCUAUUCUGCUGAGCUUGUGCAAAGAGAAUUGAUAUUCCUCUUGCGCCCACAUCUCCGACGUUGAGCCUACCGCGCAAUUGACGGGCCUGACCUCUCCCCCAAACCCAUCGACCCUUCCCCUCAUUUCAUCACUUCGGUAACAGUUCAGAAUAAUGGAACGCCUCUCGCUCAACGAAGCUCCUCCUGGUGGCCCGCAGGGCAAUGCGCCGCAGGGGUUCCCACCGCAGCAGAACAACACCCUCGGACCCAUGACGCAUGGUCCCCCGCAGUUGCCGCCGCAGAUGUUCACCACCGCGGCCCAGUUAUUGGAUUUGACCGACAAGAAACUCGUACUGGUCCUGCGUGACGGAAGGAAAUUGAUCGGUGUGUUGAGAAGUUGGGAUCAAUUCGCCAACCUCGUUCUCCAGGACACCAUCGAACGCCUUUACUCCGGAAACCUAUAUGCCGAUAUCCCGCGCGGGAUCUUUCUUGUUCGUGGCGAGAACGUAUUGCUUCUCGGGGAAAUUGAUCUCGAUAAAGAAGACGACGUGCCCCCUCACCUCCAACGAGCGUCGUUCCAGGAAGUGUUCGAACUCAAGAAGCAAGAGGAGAUCAAGCGCAAAUCUAGUGACAAGAAACGACACGGCAAGUUACAAACCUUGGGAUUCGAGCCCGAGCACAGCGGGGAGAUUUUGUUCUAGAAUGUUUGUGCUACUCCCGCCAGUUUUAUCGCAUUGCAUCGGGUGGCGGUCGGCGUCUGCCAUGCUGUCCGCCAGAGAUCAGAGCACGACAUGAGAUUUGAUCCUGAGGGAAGUUUAAUGGGGAGCUCGAACACUGGCUUGGCUUUUGGUCUGUUGAGACCCCCGGCUGCCCCUCAGACACCGUUUCAGGAAAAACCAAGCCGCCGCUUGUUGCUGGUCCGAUGCCCGGUUGGCGAUUGAACCAUUUUUUUUUCUUUGUAAUAGAUACCAAGGCAACGGAGGGGUCACUCCAGGGUUGUGGGAGCUGGCUGGUCUCUGCCUCGGAGCGAGGUAUUUGCUACGUUCGAGGACUGUCGGCUGGCUCGUCAGCCGUGCGUGUGGGUUAGACCGGACGAGUACGGAGUGAAAUGUCUCUGACUCCGGUCAGCUAGUGUGGAUGAAGGUCAUGUUUUGACGAAUCUCAUGUUUUACUAGAACUACUUCC